GGUAAGGGGAAAUAUUUUUUUGAAUUUUUUCGGGGUUUAAUGGUGGGGGAGACAUAUCGGGACAGACAAUAUUUGGAAUUGAAUGAGGAUCAAAAAUCGGGAGUGCGGUGCCAAGAAUAACCUCUUAAUUUUUUACGUUGGUCCUACAACAUAAAAACUUUUUCCUUCAAUAGGGCCAUUGAUUUUAUAUCCAAUUGGCAUGAUCCAGUGGCCGUAGAUCUCGAGAUUAGUAGGGUAACUGUUCGUCCAUUAAAAUACCCCGAUAUCUCUGUCCCGGAUAUAUCUGACUCCGAUUUUUAGAGACUCUAAAUGGAGCAGAAUGAAGACGAAGUAGUUCAACAAGACAUAAAAAACGAAAAUGGAGAAGAUUCUCAAAUUGAAGAAAUAAGUAAAAAUCAACAAGAAAAUGAUCAAAAAGAGGAAAAUUAUAAAAAAGAAGAGGAAGAUGAGGAUCAAAAAAUAACAAAUAAUUUGUUUUUAAUUAAAGAAGCUUGGCUAAAAUUAAAAGAAAUUGAAGACAAUUUAGAAGGAGUUGACUUGUCAAAAAAUAAAAUUAAUUUAAUAAAUGAAGAAUCAAAAGAAUAUUUUGAAUUGGAUGGGCAAUUGAAGGAAGAAAGAGAAAAUCAUGAGAAAAAAAUUAAAUUAAUUGAAGAGGAUACAACAGCAUUAGCGAAAUGUUUUUCAAUUUCGCAGCAAAAAUGUAAUCUUCAAAGAAAAGAAUUAAAAAAGAAGGAGAAUGAAAUUUUAAAGAAUUUGAGGGAAAUUGAAGAAAAAAUGUUUAAUUCUCCCUCAACUCCAAUGAGACAAACAACACAACAACUAACAAUAAGGCCGCCAGCAAUGCUUCCAACAACGCCUUUUCUGCUACAAGCUAUUAAUGCUACAAUACAACAACAAUUCCAACAAGGACUUCAACAAUUACAACAACAAACUUCCCAACAUCACAAUGCUUUAAAUUUACAGCAACAACAAAGUUUGCAAAACAUGCAAAAAUUGAAGAAAUGUCAACACUGCCCGAGUUUUAUACAUCGAAACGCGCCUACUUGCCCCAAUUGUAAACAAAAAAUUGUUUCUAAAACAACAAAAAGAGUUCGAAAAAAUUAAACAUUUUU